UCGAUAUUCCCACCUGCAAAUGAUCUGCAUUCUCUAUUCAGAUCUCCAUUAUCAAUUCAUUCUAGUGCUUUCUUUCCCGCGCUACACAGAUACCCAUUCCGAAUCUAUUCUAUUUGCCGAUUUUUGAAUUGAUUAACAUUCGCGGGCGACGGAAAUUUGGGCUCCGCUUCCUGGUUGAUGGUUCAACAAAGAUCUGGUGGUUGCGAGUUGUAUUGUAUUGUGUUUUUUUUUUGAGGAAAUAGAGAUGGAUUUGGAUUUUAAUGGAGAUAUCACGUGCCUCGAUGCUGAACUAUUGCAAAUUCAGGAUGUGUCGGCGUUGGCAAUUAAAGCCAAUCCAUUUGUUGCCGAAAAGCUAUUUGAUCAGUGGCUUUCGCUUCCUGAAACAAAUUCCUUGGUAAAAUCGUUGCUCAAUAAAGCUAAGGGAGGUGGCCCGUUGAAUGCUUCUGGAACAGCAAGCACAAAUACUGCAGCUAGCAAUACAUUGCCUUCUAUGUUUCCUUCAGGUAGUAGUACACCACCACUAUCACCCAGGAGUUCAGGUUCUCCUCGACUCAUCAAACAGAGGACAGGUCCUUCUGCCUUAGGCUUGAAAUCAGUGAAUGAGCCUGUGAAAGAGCUUAUACCUCAGUUCUAUUUCCAAAAUGGUCGGCCACCACCUAAUGAAAUGAAAGAGCGGUGCUUGUUUAGAAUCAACCAAUUUUUUUAUGGUCAUGUGGAUGGACUGCAAAUACAUGAAUUUAAACCAGUGACGAAGGAAAUUUGCAAGCUCCCGUCUUUCUUUUCUUCUGUACUGUUUAAAAAGAUUGAUACUGAGGGUGCUGGAAUUGUGACCAGAGAUGCAUUUGUUGAUUAUUGGAUUAAUAGAAUGUUAACCAAGGAUCUGGCUACACAGUUAUUUACAAUCUUGAAGCAGCCAGAGAACAGGCACUUGGUCCAGGAUGACUUUAAACCUGUUCUUCGAGAACUUUUAACCACUCAUCCUGGGCUGGAAUUCCUACAGGGUACGCCUGAAUUUCAAGAAAGAUAUGCUGAAACUGUAAUAUACAGAAUAUUUUACUAUGGGAAUAGAGCGGGUAAUAAUCGUCUUACACUAAAAGAGCUGAGACGCUCAAACUUGAUUGCCGCAAUGCAGCAUGCAGAUGAAGAAGAGGAUAUUAAUAAAGUCUUGAGGUACUUCUCAUAUGAGCAUUUUUAUGUGAUAUACUGCAAGUUCUGGGAACUGGACUCGGAUCAUGAUUUUUUGAUUGACAAAGAAAACCUCAUCAGAUAUGGUAACCACGCACUAACCUACAGGAUUGUUGAUAGAAUAUUUUCUCAGGUUCCGAGAAAGUUCACCAGUAAGGUUGAACGAAAGAUGGGCUAUGAAGAUUUCGUCUACUUCAUAUUGUCAGAGGAGGAUAAAUCAUCUGACCUUAGUCUUGAGUAUUGGUUCAAGUGCAUAGAUUUGGAUGGUAAUGGAAUUAUAACGAGGAAUGAAAUGCAAUUCUUUUAUGAGGAGCAGUUGCAUAGAAUGGAAUGCAUGGCCCAAGAGCCUGUGCUUUUCGAAGAUAUAUUGUGUCAAAUUGUGGACAUGGUUCAUCCAGAGGAUGAGAGCUAUUUUACGCUGCGAGAUAUAAAAGGAAGCAGACUUUCUGGCAGUGUUUUCAGUAUCCUGUUUAACCUUAAUAAGUUUAUGGCUUUCGAGUCUCGUGAUCCUUUUCUAAUUCGGCAGGAGCGCGAGAACCCAAAUUUGACAGAGUGGGAUCGAUUUGCUCACCGGGAAUAUAUUAGGCUCUCAAUGGAGGAAGAUGCAGAAGAUGCCUCUAAUGGAAGUGGAGAUAAUUGGGAUGAACCACUCGAGGCUCCUUUUUGACUUCUGUUUGGAGUAAACUAUAAGUUCCUCGUAUAUAGCCGGAUACGGAGCAUUAUAACCUAUAUAGAAAGGGAUUUAGCCAUCCUGCUCACUCUCACUCGCUCUGCUGUUACAUUUUGGAGACUUGUUUUAGAAAUUUUGAGCUCUCGCCUUCCGGUAGAAAUGUUACCGUGGUGCACAGGGAAAGGCUCGGCCAGAUAGCGCGGUUGUUGAUUUGAUGCCAACAAGGAGUACAUAGGUUAUGUUAGUCCACAGCCUUUUUUAGCACUGAGUUCUUGUGAGGUGUAAGAAUAAUUUUUAUUAAUUAUUAGUUUUUUGUUUUUUUUUUCUUUUUCUUGAUUUCCUCGUCUCUGUAGUUUGUUGUUCCCCCUUUUUAGAAUCCAUUUCCCUUGUGUUGAAGACUGUAUUUUGAUGACAUUGUUUUUUAUAUCCAUGCUUAUCGACUAUGUUUGGAAACACGAUAUGAAGUGAAGGUUUUAAUUAAA